UGGCUGAGCCAUGCUGUACCUCCAGUCCAGCGAUGAAGGUUGUGGAGUUGAGAGCUAAGAUGAGCAUCGAAUCUUGCCGGAGACGUUUAGCCAGGGUAAGAUGUAUACGGGACUGUGUUACCAGCUUUAAGGAUGGUUUAUCUCUCCCAGAACCCCUGUGCUACGUCCCGGAGGAGGUAUUGUACGGCAAAGCGGGCGAGGGGAAGACAGGGACCGUGCAAGUCACCGUGUACUCCCGGCCCUCGCUGAGGGGGAGGGGCGGAAAAGUUGGAGAAAUUCCCUGCGGAAAUGAUACUCGUAUUGGAGCGUCAGGAGCCGAGCUGAGCAAUCGGGAUGGGGAGUGGAUCAAACUGAGACAGCCUGCCCUGGAGCAGUUUUUCCCAGGGAAGAAUGUGACAGAAGGCUGGGUGCUGCUCCACCCGGCCCUGUCUAGUUCAGAUGAAACACCGACGCUCACACGGAUCCCUCAGGAGGAGGACAAGAGCAAAAGCAGCACCUACAAAGAGCUAUUUGGAACCAGCCCUCCUACUCUGUCCAGAUGGGAGGAUGUAGUCGAGCAGGUGUACGCCCUGAAGCUGGGUCAGGUCAGUAAGGUGGCGCCAUGUGACGAGGAGGCAGUAGACGCCCUCAGGUCCCCGCCCACCAACUGGACGUUGGAGUACGAUGAAGAGCUCUCGCGGUUCCUAUUUGAGAACGGGGACCAUGAGAACGAGAGUCUCGGCAGUGUGAAGCAGUAUGUGGAGUCACUGGAGGUUUCCUCUUACAGAGAUGAGGAUAACUCGGACUGUCUGACAGACGGAGACACAGAGACGUAUUGGGAGAGUGAUGGCAGUCAGGGGCAGCACUGGAUCAGACUCAAGAUGAAGAGGAGCACCAUCGUCAAAAAGUUGAUGAUUGGUGUAGAAGCCUCUGACGACAACUACACUCCGAACCGUAUAGUUGUGAUGGGAGGGGAGCUGGACUCCAUGGUCAAACUCAAUGACAUUAGUGUGAAUGAUGGUUUUAGUGGAGACCUGACUGUCCUGGAGAAUAUGACUCAACACUAUCCUUACAUUGAAAUUAGAAUCAAAGAUUGCAAAGAUGACGGAAUAGACACCAGAAUACACGGGCUGAAGAUCAAGUCCAGCCAGGACCGAGACCUGGGCCUGAACCGCGACUUCUUCACCCCGGACAAACUUGUCAGGUACCCCCGACUGGAGACGGUGGACCCCGAAAAACUCUACAGGAGAUCCCUGGCUCUAUAUAGAUUCGUGAGUCUCCUGGACAGUGUGAUGCACUACAUGGUACCCAAGUGGGAAUUUUCUCUGGGAUCUCUCAACUGUCUAGAGGAGGUGAAACAGCUGCUGCCCCUGUCCAAGAAGAGGAUGGGCCUGAUCGAGAUGUGCCUGAAGGAGUCGGAGUCCCCCAGGCCCAGCUCCAUGCCUAAACUGUACAUCAACAGGCGCACCGCCACGGAACACAGGACGGACCCCACCAAGGACCCCGAGUGCAAGCACGCCAUCUUUACACAGAUCUAUGAAGGUCUAAAGCCAAGGGAUAAGUAUGAGAAGCCGUUAAACUACAGAUGGCCGUCAAAGUAUGACCAGUGGUGGGAAUGUAAGUUUUUGUCAGAAGGCAUCAUUGACCAAGGAGGUGGGUUCAGGGACAGUCUGUCUGACCUGGCAGCAGAGCUGUGUCCAUGCUCAGCAGACGCACCUGUAGCCCUGCCCUUCUUUGUCAGGUCUCCCAACCAGGUUGAGGACACCUCUAACGUGAACAGAGACGUGUAUGUGCCCAACCCCUCCUGUACAGAGUUCGCUAAGUAUGAGUGGAUCGGCAUGCUGAUGGGGGCUUGUCUCAGGGGCAAGGAGAACUUGGUGUUGGACCUACCUGCUUUCACCUGGAAGCGGUUGGUGGGCGAGAAAGUCACCUGGGCACAGGAUUACAUCAGUGUGGAUUCAUCAGAGGUAAAGCUACUGGAGUCCAUAGAAUCCAUCAGUUUAGACAAGACGUCGUUCGAUCAGAACUUUGGAGUAGAGCUGACAUGGACCACGGUCAUCAGCAACGGUCAAACCGUAUCGCUGAAGCCUCUGGGGGAGGACACAGCUGUGGGUUACGAGGAGCGACACGAGUACUGUCGUCUGGUGCGGGAGACGCGUAUGGCGGAGAGUACAGAACAGGAGAACGCCAUGAGACUAGGCCUGCUGAAGGUGGUACCCCAGGCAGUCCUGGACCUGCUGACGUGGCAGGAGCUGGAACACAGGGUCUGCGGAAACCCAGAAAUCAGUAUUGAAGCUCUCAGGAAGACAACUUAUUAUGAAGAUCUGGAACAGACGGACCCCAGAGUCAAGUAUUUGUGGGAUGCUUUAAGUAAUUUUACUAAUGAGGAUAGAAGUCGCUUCCUGAGGUUUGUAACUGGGAGAAGACGACUGCCCGCACCUCUCUUCAUCUGUCCAGACAGGGGAUUAGACACAGUGGAUGCUCUACCAGAGUCUUCCACAUGUUCCAAUACUCUGUACCUCCCCACGUACUCAAGUGCAAAGGUUGCAGAAGAAAAGAUACGGUAUGCUGCUUACAACUGUAUAGCCAUCGACACAGACAUGAGUCCAUGGGAAGAAUAGGGAAUUUCUAAGCCCUCUUGAAUCAUAGAUAUCCUCUGAUGUAAGUAACAGUCUAGUUCACCUUUAUCCACCAUGGGGUAACCUACAUGUAUUCGUCGGUUUUAAAAACAGGGUAUUUAGGGAUAUCAAGUCAACGACUCAAACUUGAAACCACCAUCAAUCAACUUAAUAUUCCUAGAAACCUUGUUUUAGAUACAACGGAUAAAGCUUACCCCAUGGAUAAAGGUGGACUAGCAUUAAAGAUAUGAAUGCAAAGACUAAGUGUAGCUUUGGUGUAAAAUUUGCUUGUUCUGACAGUCAGAACUUCUUUAAGAUAUUAUGAUAAACAGUUUAUAUAUACAGGACAGAUGGCCAGGUUGAAAUUUGAACCCAAAGAAUAAAUGAUAAACACAUUCGGCUGCUCAUAGUAUAACACCGAUCAGAAAAAUAGGAGAAAUCAAGUGGACUUUGGUGAUAUUGUACAGCUUUGAUAUUUUGCUACUGUGAAUCGUAAUAAUAGGCAGAUUCUGAAUGCUUAGUUUAGUGCCAGCCACGUGCACACUCUUAGGCCUCAGUUUAGAAUUAGUAAAAACAUUUCAACCUUCAUCAUCUAGACAGUUAGACAUAACAGUUGUGCAUGUGCGACAGGACAGUGAUUACUAGCGAAGGAAGCUUGUUACACCAGAGAUAAAUGUAUUGAUAAGUUGAGACUUAUGUUAGGAAGAGGUUUCUACUGUAUAUACGUGAGAGUGGGAAAUGUACAUGUAGUCUGUUAAAAGUAAUGAUUUUUUUAUUGUAUGCAGAAUUUCUCCACUGACAUUCAGUGGACACAGUAAUAUUUGAUGACAAUAUGAAAGUUUGUGUUACUUUGGCUAAAGGCUUGUCUGCAAAUGUAAGAAAUACUAGUAUAUCAGUCGUACAAGUCUCAUCUUGUAUUUUCUAUGUUUGUGUUUAUGGUGCAGCGCACAACAGGUGCCAUACUGUAUGGAAAACGUGUAUGAUUAUUUGGGAACUCCUGCCCAUUUUGUUUUCUAUAAAGAUAGCAUCUUUUUAGUUUCCUUACAUUAUGAGCAUAUUGCUCACCAGACUGAUUACUUUUUCUUACAUUUCAUGUAAGAUUUUGUAACAUAAUUUAUUCCUGAAUGGUAUGAAGUUGAUGGUUGUACAUAUAUAUGAUUAGCAGAAGAUCCAUGGAUAGUUAUACGACAUAUAACAAUGUUUUAAAGAAACAUUCAGUGUGUGAGAUGGCGGGCUAAAGCCAUUUAUUUGUAAUUAAUAUUUUGCAGCUUAUUCAUAUACAUUUAUGUACAGUAAUAAAUGAAUUUGAUAAGCAUAAAGUAUAUCUACCGAUUUCUUAUCUGUAUGUUAUCUUUAUAUCAUCAUAUACAUUUAUAUGGACCGCUUUUUCAGAAUCCUACUUAAUCAAAGAUUUCUGUUUUUACUUGAUGACUUAUCAUGUACGCAUGGUAUUUUGUCUGCUGGGUUAAUACAUUUGUAUGUAUAUACAUAAAUUGUCAUAGUAACACUU